UGUGCAAUCAGUUGUAACUAAAAAUGUCUGACGGUCUGGAUAAUGAAGAGAAACCCCCUGCUCCCCCACUGAGGAUGAAUAGUAACAACCGGGAUUCUUCAGCACUCAACCACAGCUCCAAACCACUUCCCAUGGCCCCUGAAGAGAAGAAUAAGAAAGCCAGGCUUCGCUCUAUCUUCCCAGGAGGAGGGGAUAAAACCAAUAAGAAGAAAGAGAAAGAACGCCCAGAGAUCUCUCUUCCUUCAGACUUUGAACAUACGAUUCAUGUGGGGUUUGAUGCAGUCACCGGGGAAUUCACUGGAAUUCCUGAGCAAUGGGCACGAUUACUCCAAACCUCCAACAUAACAAAACUGGAACAGAAGAAGAACCCACAAGCCGUUCUAGAUGUUCUCAAAUUCUAUGAUUCCAAAGAAACCGUCAACAACCAGAAAUACAUGAGCUUUACAUCAGGAGAUAAAAGUGCACAUGGAUACAUAGCAGCCCAUCCUUCGAGUACAAAAACAGCAUCAGAGCCUCCUUUGGCUCCUCCUGUGUCUGAAGAAGAAGAUGAAGAAGAGGAAGAAGAAGAAGACGACAAUGAGCCCCCACCAGUUAUUGCACCAAGACCAGAGCAUACAAAAUCGAUCUACACUCGUUCUGUGGUUGAAUCCAUUGCUUCACCAGCAGCACCAAAUAAAGAGGUCACGCCACCUUCCGCUGAGAACGCCAAUUCCAGUACUUUGUAUAGAAAUACAGAUCGGCAAAGGAAAAAAUCCAAGAUGACAGAUGAGGAGAUCCUAGAGAAGCUAAGAAGCAUUGUGAGUGUUGGUGACCCAAAGAAAAAAUAUACGAGAUUUGAAAAAAUUGGUCAAGGGGCAUCAGGUACUGUUUAUACAGCACUAGACAUUGCAACAGGACAAGAGGUGGCCAUAAAGCAGAUGAACCUUCAACAGCAGCCCAAAAAGGAAUUAAUUAUUAAUGAAAUUCUGGUCAUGAGGGAAAAUAAGAACCCCAAUAUUGUUAAUUAUUUAGAUAGUUACUUAGUGGGUGAUGAACUAUGGGUAGUCAUGGAAUACUUGGCUGGUGGCUCCUUGACUGAUGUGGUCACAGAGACCUGUAUGGAUGAAGGACAGAUAGCAGCUGUCUGCAGAGAGUGCCUCCAAGCUUUGGAUUUCUUGCACUCAAACCAAGUGAUCCAUAGAGACAUAAAGAGUGACAAUAUUCUCCUUGGGAUGGACGGCUCUGUUAAAUUGACUGAUUUUGGGUUCUGCGCUCAGAUCACCCCUGAGCAAAGUAAACGAAGCACUAUGGUGGGAACUCCCUAUUGGAUGGCACCUGAGGUGGUGACUCGAAAAGCUUAUGGUCCGAAAGUUGAUAUCUGGUCUCUGGGGAUUAUGGCAAUCGAAAUGGUGGAAGGUGAACCUCCUUACCUUAAUGAAAAUCCACUCAGGGCAUUAUAUCUGAUAGCCACUAAUGGAACCCCAGAGCUCCAGAAUCCUGAAAGACUCUCGGCUGUAUUCCGUGACUUUUUAAAUCGCUGUCUUGAGAUGGAUGUGGAUAGGCGAGGAUCUGCCAAGGAGCUUUUGCAGCAUCCAUUUUUAAAAUUAGCCAAGCCUCUCUCCAGCCUGACUCCUCUGAUUAUCGCUGCAAAGGAAGCAAUUAAGAACAGCAGCCGUUAGGACUGCAAGCCUUACCCCACACCAUCUCCCUCAUGAGUAAGACUGAAAUAAAACUCUGCUGCAGGAAAGAUGGAAGAAAAGACAGUCAAAUGGGGUGGGAGUUCUUUAACUUUCAAAUGAAUAGAAACUUCUUAUAAGCCUUUUUCCUAUUCCCUCAGAUUAUGUAAUUUAUUUGUAAGCCUGAAUCGCAGCCCAAACAGGGCAGCAAUGUCGAAGUGGCCGUAAAGUGGUCACUUCCACCGUGAAGCGAAAGAGCCAGUAGUGAAUCCCCUCAUUUUGUGCAUUCACUUUGACGAAAAAGGUUUCUCAAAGAUGCACACUCCCUCUUCAUAGUGUUGUAUUUGUUUUUAAGUUAGAGAGUAGUCCCUCUUGCAUUCAAACCUCCUUCAAAACUCCUUACCCAAUGUGAUGUUUUUCACUUGCAUUGUCAUUAGAUGUCCAGACAAAAGAUGUCAAAACUUUUUUAAAAAAAGAAAGCAAAAAGACAAAAACAAAACAAAAACAAAACAAACAAACAAAAAAACCCCAGAGCAAGUACUGUGUAAACAUGUGGAAGUCCAUGCCCUAAUAGAGUUGCAAUUUUUUAUUCUUCUUCUAUAGUGGUGGCUUGGUUUGUGUACCUGUUUUUCUGCAUUUGUAUUGGAAAAAGUUUCUUUCAAGACAUUUUCCAAAACCAGAGAGGAAUAUAUGUGUUCAGGAAGGGCUUUUAAAACCUGUAUAUCUAAACAAAGCUCAAAUGGUGAAAUCUUGUCACAUUUUCACUAUGAUGCUUAAAAGGUAGUUGAUUUAUCAUUUAUAUAAGCCAGAUUGUUUGUCUUCAUGAUACCUGAAAAGGAUACACCGAAACUGUGGCACUCCUGUUGGGUGAGUCCACGUCUGGAACCUAGAAAAAUCUGACGGGAGAAACCAUACUUAAACAAAGAUGGGACUUUCUCUGAGAGCCAAAAGGAAAACAAGUGUGCAAUACUGAAAUCCUUGUUGGGCAGUAAGUAAACAAAGAGAAAGAUACCUAAUUUAAUCUUCUCUUGUGCUUGUGGAACAUAUGCAAUGUAAAAUAGGCACAUCAGGAGGAAACAGACCCCUUACCCCACAUUUGCUUAUGAUAAAAAAUAUUUAAUU